CUUCAUCCCGAACGCCAGCAUCAAUCCUAUCUUCUUCUCCCCUUGCUCCACCGCUCAGAGCACACUGCUCUGUCUCCGCCACGCAAUACAGAGAGGAGUGGCCUUCGCCGGCGACGAGGCUCCUCCCUGACCAGAUCCCGCCACAGUCGCGGCGGCAGGGGUCGAGGACGACGACCACGAGGGAUCCGCGGAGGGGGCCAGGGAUUUGGCGUUCGCUACAGCCGAGCACCAGGUACUACCGCGCUACGACUCAGCUCCUCGCCGACCGGAGCGAGGUGCCGUCGCGGUCCGAUGCCGAGCGCCGCCGCGAGCACCAGGCCGCCGCGCUCGGGGCGACGCUGCCCGCACCAUCCCUGCGAUGCGCCCACCUCCAACCCGGCGGCGAUGGCGAUGUCCGCGAGGCCCUGGGCGCGAGGGAGGCGAUGGAGACCAGCUGAAGCGGCAGCGCCGUCAUCCUACACCGGGAGGCGGGGCCUGGUGGCGCACGAGGCUGCGGGACGCGGAAGGGGGAGAAGCAAGGGAGGUACUGUUCGAGGAGGCGGGGCGCGGAGGGAGAGAGCAGUGGAGGUGCUGACGCUGACGCCGCGGCGCUUCAUGGAGGUCAACUAGGAGGUGGACGAGGCCUUGCAGCUCGCAGCCGACCUGCUCGCCGAUGCGCCAAUAGGGAUCUGCUCGGCGGCGGGGAUGCCGUUUUCUUCUAGUGAUGUGCGGAUGGUGAACUGCUCGCCGGGAUUCACCCCGAGCCCAGGGAGUGGGAGUAUCGGGGAUAGGAUAUGUGCAUCGAGCAGAGGGGGCUGGUGUUCACUUCAGGUUUCUUGCCUCAGUCGGAUCAGUUCUGGAGUCCUUGAUCUCCUCGUCCUUUUUCAACAGCUUUACGUGGGAAGGUAUUGGAUAUUACUAAAAGUUUAGGAGAGCAAAUGUAUGAUAGACAAAUAUGCAAAAUAAGAAUGAACUCUUUUUUAGUUGUUCGGUAGCACAUCAUACACUGAUUGCACUGAAACAGGAAUUGCUAGACUAUUGAUGGAGAAGAUCAUGUGUCCCCUUUUUUUUAUGUUGUCUAGCAGUGACUUGGGAAUUUGUUUAGUAGUGACAUGCCAAUUUGUUUGACUUUAGAUUUCUGGUUCACAUGGGUACACAUUGGGUACAUCUUGACAAUAUUUUUUCUGGAAUAGUUUCUUUUGAGCAUGGCAAAUUGUGUAGAACAUGAUAUUUAGUACAAUAUGGCAAAUUGGCAACUAGUGUGUAGUGUUUAGCACUGUUUAGUGUUGUUUGUCCUCCUGCGAGAAUUAUAUUCAGUAAUUUGCCAUGGCAUUUGUCCUCCUGUAUUUAGUCUGUAGUGCAAAUUUUGUAAACUUGCCAUGUGAUCAGUACAUACAAACUCUAGCUUUGAAAUGAAUCAUGAAUCGAAUUUUCUCUAGAUUUUGCCAUGAAUCAGAAGUAUAUAUUGUUGAACACUGUUUUGCCAUGGCAAAAAGGAUUUUAUAGCUUUUGGCAUGCCUCUAAUAUAGCUUUUUCCAUGUCACCACUAUAACUUUUGGCAUGACAUACACAUAUUUUUUUUUACCAUGGCAAAUUUGCUAAUCUGUUUGCCAUGCCUCUAAUAUAGUUUUCGCCAUGUCACCACUACAACUUUGGCCAUGUUCACAUGGAGUAGUAAAAAUAAAAACAAAUUUGAGUUGAUUGUAGAAAUAUGUGUUUGUUUCCCUUUUUUUGACUUUGUAGGAUUGAUGAUGACCACAUUAAGCAUUGCAACUUUUAACAGAUUUGAUUUUGCUUUUGUACUUACUACUGCAAAUCCACCCAGGUAAUUUUGCCAUGUCAAUUAACAUGCAGUAUGUUCGUGCCAUGGAAAAUUUGCAUUCUUUUUCAUUUCAUUUACACGGCAAGUCUUCAAAACAUUUUAGUAUUCCCUCCAUCUCGAAAUAUAUCUACAACCUAGAAAAUUACCUAAAAACUAAUUACUUUUUUUAAACAGAAAGAGUUACUUUCCCACCACCUAAUUUAGGUGUACUGUUUUUUGCGCCAAUAUUUUUUAACCUCCCGCUAAAAGGUCCCAAAUUAGCGUCUUUGUUCCCACCAAAAAAUUAGCUUCCCGCUAAAUACCUUCCUAACAACCCACGAAUAUAUAAUUCUAGACCAAACGACGGCGUCUUCACGAGCGAUUGGAUCUGAGCUCUCGUCUCGGUUCAUCUGUGCUGCCGGCGUCAUGACGGCGUCAAUAGAGCGAACCACGUCAGGUGCACGGCGUCAGGGCACAAUGAUGAAUUUUACGGAGGAUGCUCCUGUAAAGAAAUGCUCUGUUCUCUUAACAAGGAUGGAAAGUAUAACGGCAUACAAAAACCAACGUGGACAACCCAAAUCUGCAACUCCAGAACAAUCUGACAUUCCAGUGUCUGCUAAUGACAUGUGUUCCCUUGCUGAAUGGCCAUCCCAUGCUCGCCGCAAUCGUGCGCGACUACAGGAUGCUGGUGGACAGAAGAAGAAAGGGCGAGGUGUUCUAAAAGGUUUUAAAGCAUCUAAGAAGCGUUUUGCCAAUGGAUCUGCAAAGCUAAAUAUUACAUUCUCUGAAAAAUUGGGUGGUACAGUAGGAAUGAACUAUCGUUCGUUCAAGGAUGACGUGGUUGUCAUAAUGAAAAGAAAGUUACCACUCAUUGGAGCGAGGACGUGGUCGGACAUUCACCCUACCAUUCAUCGACUCAUUGUUGCAGAUAUAAUAGACAGAUGGGACCUGGAAGAUACACCAGAAACAGAAGAAAAAGUUCUCAAAAUUGCGAAAGAGAGAUAUAGAGGCUGGCGAUCAACUCUAAGCUCCACUUACAAGGCAUACAAAACAGAUGCAGCUAGAUUGGCUAAUCUGCCUGAAGAUUUACAACCAGAAGAGUGGGAAUGGAUGAUUGAGUACUUUGGCAUUGAUUCAAAAUUUCAGGAACACAGCCAAAAGAACGCUGAUAACCGUAAGAAACAGAAGACAAAACAUAUAAUCGGAACAAAAUCUUACUCGCAAGUUAGUUUUGAGAAGAGAAACUUAGAAACUGGAGAAGAGCCAGAUUGUAUUGCUCUAUGGGAACUCACCCACACAAACAAUGGAACAUGGUCUAACACAGAUUCCCAGAAAGUUUACGACCAAGCACUUGAAGAGGUUAAAAACAAAGAAGCUGAAACUAAAGGUCCACUUUCAAGUGAGCAGAAAAACAAUGUUUUCCAGACCGCUUACAAAGACACUCUAGAAUGCAAGUCAUCGCAGCCUCGUGGGUACGGAUACAUGGACAAAACUUCAACUGGUUCUAAAAAGUUCCGUAUCCAGAUUGAAGAGCAAGCUCGUGCUACAGCAGCCACCCAGGAGCGAAACUCUCAGCUCAGCCAGCAGGUCAAUGACUUAGAAGAUCAACUACAAGCUGAACGUGCUAACACACAAGAGAGGAUUAACUUGGAGCGUGCUGAGAGAGAACAACUUGAGGAGAGGUUAAAAGAAGAGCGUGUUGAAAGGGAAAGAUUGUUGCAAGAGGAGCGAACAUCAAGACUGGAAUUUGAAAAAAACAUGAUGGCAAAGUUUGUAGAAUUGAGCAAACAGAUAGAAACCCAACAGGUUCCUACGAAGAGGGUUGACAAAGAAAAUAGUAAUCCAAACUUGCAAAAUAUUCUUUCACAGACAUCUAGUCCUAAUAAGACUCCAGGUUCAAGGCCGACUGCUAUUUCUUCAAAUGCGCUCAUACAAGCUGCAGCAAGGCAAUCUCGAAUGUAUAAAGCAAUGGAUCCAAAGAACUAGCUGGACUGGACUCUAGAUCACAGGCAGUUUAGUCUUCGAAGUUAAUUAGGAUGGCUAAAUUACAUUUGAGUUUUAUUUGAUGGAUAUUUUCUAUCAGAAGUAUGAAUUGUAUGAAUCUACAUAUUAUAUGUAUGGUUUUGAAUAUUGUAAUUAAAACCUUGUAAUUUUUUUUACGAUUGCAAUAGACUAUUACCACAACCCA